AUGAGCCCGGCGCGGCCGCCCCGCCGCUCGCAGCGCCCCCUGGCCCCGCUCCGGCUGCGGCUCCCGCUGCUGCUGCUGCUGGCCGAGGCGGCCGGCGGCAGCGGGGAGGCGCCACCCGCAGAUGGAAACUGUAGCCUUUUGGAGGAAAGAGAUGUCAUCCAGGAACUGGAUGAAAACUGUUACUGUUAUAUGCAAAACAGAACCAUGCACUUACAAUACAUUUGGUCAACUGUUCAGAUAAAAGUUAACAGCACAGAAGUGUUCAAGUUUGUGCCUAUUUCAGACAAAAGCAACUGUCGUAAUUCAGAAACCGUUUUUGAGUUUACUGCAUGUGCUGUUCGAAUCUUCUGGCAAUCAGAGACAUCUGCAGAAACUUUAAUAAACAUAAAACAAUAUGGAGAGGAUAUUUGUUUCAAAAUACAGCCCUUCAAGAACGAACCAUACAUUGUGAGUGUAAAACGAAGAAUGCUAGAUGGAAAGAUCUUGUUUUUGUUUGUAGCUGGAAUUUUUCUGUUCCAUUUUGCAAACAGUCUUAGCAGAAGCCCCAAGUUCUUUUACCUUUCUGGAAUAGUACUGGGUGUUCUUGCUCUGCUAGUCUUUCUCCUGUUGACGCUUAAAAGAUUUAUUCCAAGGUACAGUACCUUUUGGAUUUUAAUGAGUGGCUGCUGGAUGUCCUCACUGUAUUUCAUUUAUUAUUUUAAAGAGAAUAUGCAGUGGUUGUGGUCUGAACACAGGAACUACGUGUUAGGAUAUUUUUUGGCUGUUGGAAUUAUAAGCUUUGCCACUUGCUAUCAGCAUGGACCACUUACCAGUGAACUGAGCAUAACCUUCUUCACAUGGACACUACAAUUAAUAGCCUUUGCCUUGAUUUAUUGCGGUGUCACCAUACCACAAGUUGCAUAUGCAGUAAUAGCAGUGAGCCUCUGUUCAAAAGGCCUGUGUUAUCCCCUUGGUGCUGCUUGUCACAUAGGAAGAAAAAUGAAGAACUACUUUAAAUCACAAAAGUUACUGAUUAGAUACCUCACUGAAGAAGAAUAUAGAGAACAAGGUGAAACAGAAACUGUCAGAGCUCUGGAGGAGCUACGUUCAUUCUGCAGGAACCCUGAAUUCCCAUCAUGGCUAGCAGUAUCCAAACUCCAGUCUCCCCAUAGGUUUGCAGGUUUUGUUCUGGGAUCUCCCCAUGUCUCAUCUGCAGAAACGAAGGCACAUGAUGAGGAUUAUGGCAUUGGAAGCGUCUUCCUGGAACAGCAGCUCUUUGACACAAGGGUAGAAUCAGAGCAGGGUGAACCAUCCAACUCCAUCUAUGAAGAAGAAAAUGAUGAGGAUGAAAGUGAAAAUGAACAAAUUUCAUUUCCAUAUGGUACUGAGUUCUGCUGAGCUUUGGAAAAUACCCUAAAAAGGAGACAUUCUUCCUAGAAAGGAAGGCUACAGACCAAGAACUCACUCUCAGUGAUUUCUUAUAGAUGCCAGGGAACAAGCAAGCAUCUUUGAAAGAUUCUCUUUUAUCACUGAUGUGUCUGAUUAGAGCAACAGAAGAAAGUCAUAUAGGCUUUUCAAGUGAAGAGGAUUCUCAUGCUAUUAGUACUUUAGCUGCAGAAAUAAACAUUGCUUAUUUCCAAAGCAAGUACUGGCAGCAGCCUGUACCACGCUUUGUUUCCCCAAGGACACUACCUCUUGAAAAGACAGAAUCUGUUUUGCUCCAUUUCAUUGUUAAGUCCUCUGUGCUGCACAGUAGAAGAAGGGGAAAUCAUUAUUAAUGCUCUACUUUUACCAAGGGCCCUACUUGUUAACAAAUUGUAUAAUGCUGAUAGUAUGCUGAUAAGCCAGUUCUAUUAUUCAUGCAGCUUCUCAGUGCUAAAGAUCCAGAGAAAGUUAACACAGCUGAACAUGCUUUGUUUGCUCUUCUGGCUAGGCUUGCUUUUUUAGCUCCAUUUUUGGCCUCCCACAUUAAUUUUAAGCUGCUCUUUGGAACCCUACCUGACUUCAUCCCUCUGCUUGUAUUACUCUGUUCUUUGUCUCUGUUCUAGUUAUGCUGUGCUUCGUUCUUUCUACAUUUUUAUUUCUUCACACUUCUUCCCUGUUCCACAGGUCCCCUCCACUGCAUCUUUUCUUCAGUCUUCUUCUCUAAUUGCUUUCAAUUUCUGUGUCACCUUACCUCACAAGGGUACUGCCCUCCAUUCCAGCCCUCUGAACAGCCCAGGGAAGGUAACAAAGCCUGAGGAUGUUUCAGCUGCUUAGAAGAACUGCUGUCAGUGAGGCCAGACUGAUGGCCAGACCAUGUAAUUGGGAAUGACCCACAUACAGCCCCACUAUCUUCAGAGUAUUCAGUGGUUAGCUCAUUCAAUAAAAAGGAAAAAAGAAAAAAACAUUCUUGACAAAACAAGGAGGGAGAAAUACCUGACUCUUCCCUCUUCUUCUUAGCCCCUUCUUUGGGACUUGCAACAGAAGGUAUGUGUGUGAGGAGAAUAAAGAAAAGGCGGAGAACUUCAUCAUGUCUCUUACAGCUUAGGUAUUAUACAAUACUAGCCUAGGGGAUAUAUCAUCUUACCUCAGUUCGUCUGUCUACAGGGGUCAUUUUCUUCCUUUGUUCUUCAGGCUUUCCAUAUAUUCCUCUGUCUUCACCCUUGCUGGUUCGCUUUUAUUGUCUCCAAACUUCAGAAAGCAAGAGACAUUAAUUUUCUCUUACAAGCCCUCCAGGAACUGCCAGUGGUGGGAAGCAGUUUACUCUCCAGAAGGGCAUUUCAGACCAAAAUGCAUCUUCUUUGAAAGGAAUACCUUUUCUUUGUAGCACACCUACUGAUGCAGCACCAUUGCAGUGGUGCAUGGCUAUCUGAUUUCUCGUGCAUGUCUGGACAAGGGAGAAAAUCUGUUACCUCCAGUUAAAGUCCUAAAAACUACCACCUUACCACAUUCCAAGAGCUCCUCUAUACAAAACAUGACUCAGAUUGAAUGCUUAUAAGCAUCACUUAGAUCAUUCUUCCUCCUUUGUAUCAUUUUGAGGUAGCUUUAUUUUAAAAAGAACUUUUCAUUUUAUAGUGAGAAGAACCUUAACACCUUUUUGUGCCAUACAUUUAGAAAUACACAUGCACAGUCUAUAGCAUGUUUAGGGGAGAGAAGCCCUGUCAGGUCUGUGAUCAAAAACGUUCACUUGUAAGCCAAUAAUAUUCAAAAAUAGAUAGAACAAUAGUAUUCUACUCAGCAAGGCCAUGGGCAGCAAGAGACAUUCCAGUCACCUCUAAGAGAAGCUGCUGCUCAAUUCACAGUUAUAUUGCCAUCUGUAUUCCAUCAGUCUGGUUUGACUGGGUGGGUUCUGUCACUGGCAAGAAGUUAGAAGUAUUAGUUGUUCUGAAAACUGAGGGAGCCCCAUUACCUUUGAUGGUUUGAAAGAAGGAUAGAAACUCCCCCACUGGAACAAUGAUCUUAGUAGACUGAAGAUUUAUUUCAUCUUUCCAUGUGUUGCCCCUGUGAAAAUGAGAUACUCAAAAAACAAUUACAAAAUUAAUCAGAAAGGGAUUCUUGCAGAGAUGUCUUAAUUUUAAAUCUAUUUCUUCCAUGUUAUAAAGCAUAUUUCUUCCAUGUUAUAAAGCAUAUUUCAGUAUAUUUCUUAACUAGCUAAAAACUGCUGAUCAUGAGAUCGGAGGCCAAGGAGGAGAAUCAGAUUUUGUCCUAGCUUAAACCCACACAGUCUCUCUGGACUUUCUCUUUUUACUGAGUUGGUGAUGACUGUCCUUCCAUAGAUACAUAUAGUAUGCAUUUAUACACAAUAGGUAACAUAUAAUCUUCAUGUAUUAUUUGGCUAUAUGAUACGCUAAAUGAAAAAGCCCAAACAAACUAUGCAAUUUUUUGGACUCUUUUCCUCUUACUAUUUUUUUUUUUAAGAAAAAUAUCAGGUACACCUACUCUAAAGUGGAAAGACCACCACCCAAGUUUUACAUAGUUACAAAGCCUGUCAUUUACCAGAGAUGGGUAAAUGCUAUCCAGACUACAGCAACUACUAAGCACAUCCAAAAGAAGUAUAGCAACAUAUUGAGAAAGAUAAGAACUUUAGUGAAUAGCUAAGAAUGCUGAUACUGACCUUAAAAAUCUUCCCAUGUUUGUUUCAAUAUUCGAAGCAUUUCAUAAACAAAACCCAACAAAACUGAUUGCUGCCAUUUGAGGCCUUUACCAACAGUGAGUUUACUUGUACAGUGCUCCUAUGAUAUAUGGAGAUUACACAGAUUUACUGAAACACAAUUAUUAAGUGCUUUGUAGUGUUCAUCCAGAACAUCUGUGAACAGAGUCUAGAUGUUAAUCCAGUGCCUUAUCCAUUAGAGAAGUGUUUCUUCCUUAACGAAGGAUUAAUUACAUUUAUUUUCUAUUUCACAGUGUUUAAAAAAAGUUAAAACUGCAUAUUUAUUUUGCAUUCGUGGUGCAACAUACUUGAUGUACUGUCUUUUGCAUUCAGGAUUUUUAAAUAAAAGUAUUU